GUUACUGUACCAGACACUUGAGCCUAUGAACUUACAUUCCGGUGGAAGGAAUUUUCAUUGGUCCCACUAGUGCAGGAACCACGCGACCAGGUAGCAGCCUCUUCCCCCAGGAAAACACCCAAAAUUCACUGGUUUUGUGCCUAGCACCGACGGAAGGAGAGUGCUGCAUGAUUUCAGAAUAUCCCGCGCCAAUGGGGAGGGCUGCAGGAGCCGUGGGCUCGGCAAUGGAGUGUAUAGAUAGGUAGCUUGGGAUGAUGAGAAUGGGCCGUGAGCAACUGGGCGUGACUUUAAAUUGCCGCUGCGCCAAAUUUGUCUGGUUAAGCUGCGCCGGUGAAUCGCUUUGUUUAGACUUAAGAGAACGGUUUCAUCUUUCAAUCGAGUAGGAGACGAGGCAGAUUUAUUUCUUUGUUCCAUAUUAUAUAUAUGUGAUUCCAUAUCGAGUCAACACUCGACAGAGAGCCAAAAGCAAUCUUGGAUUCUUGAGGACCAAAUCUUUAGAGCCGUAACACUCUCACGAAUUCUUCUUCUCCGGCAAGAACUGCAGAAUUGAUUCAUUUCUUGGACCUCGGAGAUGGAUCCUCAGUCACAGGCGGGAACCAGCAAUUUGAUGCCCUUCCACAAUGGAAGCAUGGGUUACUUGAUGCCACCGCCAACAGCGCCCCCGACUUCACCGACUCCUACAAGAAGUCUGUUUCUUACUUUAGUACCCACACACGUGAGUGAAAUGAGGGUUCGUGUAGAUUUACAAGUGUUCGGACCAGUGUGGUCGAUAGAGAUGAAGAGGUUGACGGAGGGGAUCGUUACUGUUCACUUCUAUGAUGAAAGGGAUUCGAAAGCGGCGUUCGAAGCGAUACGCCAACAACACAAACAGUAUCAGAAGAGGCUGACGGAACAUUACACCACUUUAGGCUGGUUAGUCGCCCCACCGAUGCCUCAGUUGACAGAUGGCCUUAUCGAUGGCAUGGCCAUCUGGGCUGAAUUUUCUGUUCAUGGGAUUUCCGCCCGCUAUGAUCAUGGGAGUCUUAUAGUUACUAAUUUGGAUUCGAAGGUGUCUUCAAGAAUGGUUAAAGAAAUGUUCGAAGGUUUCGGCGGGCCUGUGAAGGAACUGAGAGAAGCGUCAUUGAAUAGUCACCAGUGGUUCGUGGAGUUCUUUGAUAUCAGGGAUGCGCUCGAUGCUCUUAAGGGAUUGGAUGGACAAAAAUUUCACAAGAAGCGUUUGAACAUUCGGUUCAGUACUUUCCCAGAAGGCCAUGGCAGAAGGUAUGAGCAUUUCUUGAUCAAUAAAGAGAUCAGGGAUACCAGGACAACUAUCAUGAUUAAAAACCUACGCAACCGUCUCACUACAAAACUGCUGUUAGACGUACUUGACAACCACUGCCUACGCUGCAACGAGAAGAUUGCCGACGAUCAACCGUGGUCUUCGUAUGAUUUCCUUUAUCUCGCCGUCGAUUUCAGGACCAAGUUGAACAGGGGAUUUGGAUUCGUCAAUUUUACUUCUCCCUAUGCGGUAAUCCGGUUUUACGAGGCAUUCCACAAUAAGCAAUCGGACAUCUUCAAGUCCAAUAAAAAUGGGGAAAUCUGUUACGCUAGAUUACAGGGUUUGGAAGAAUUGAAGGGUCGUUUUCAGAAUUCAGAAUUUAGGUGCGACAUGGACGAAUUCUUACCGGCGGUGUUUUCACCGCCUCGCGACGGGAACCAGGUCACUCAACCUCUGACCAUCGGCUGCAAGACCAAUUUGGCUGAAGCUGGUGAUGAUGAGUGAAGAAGAUGGUUACGAUAGGUCCAAUCAAGAAGUUAAAAUGUAAUUAUGAAUAAUGGAUUUCUAAAUUCUUCA